AUGCGUUGUCCCCUCUGCCGUAUUCUCAUUGCUGUGACUCUGCUCUGCAAUGCUCUCCUGUUGUACUACACAUGGCACUUGCAGUUCCGAUCCAAUGUACGCCAAGGCACCCUGCCAGCACUGGCACCAGGCAUCACGGUCAUUGUGCGUGAGUUUCGCACAUUUGAACAUGGCCUUUCAGACUUGAACCAGUCAUUUCUGCGCUCUCGUCCUUCACUCCACCUCCUUAUUGCAUCUGAUGCACUGCCGUACCCUCCUGACCCUGGGUUGCGCAUAUUGAAACUGCAUCCCUCACCUGACCAACCCAGCUUUGCAUCCCGACUUGAGUCAUAUAUUCACACCCGUCUUGUUGCUUUGGUCCCUGAUGGAACUGCCCUGAAUCCCCCUGAUUUACUAGACAGGAUGGCUCGGGGCCUGCGGGAUGCUGCUCCAGGUAUUAGGAUUGUGGCUGCUGCUGCAGGCCUUCCCUUGCAAUGCCUGCACCUUAAUGUAUCCCUGAAAGAGUGGACAGCAAGUUAUAGACCAACAACCACUGGUGAAUCCUGUGGAGCAGUGAGUGGAACUGCAGUGCUUCUGUUACGUUCCCGUGACCUGUUUGAACUGCCUUACCCUUUAGCCCGGCCACUGCAGAGUGCAAUUUUUAUUCAAGCAUCUCUUCGCGGGUGGGGUGUGCAGAUAGUGGAGGGUGUUACAUUCCCACGCACACCAUUUCCAGCAACUGAUCAUGGGCGAUGGAAAGCCGAUCAGGCGGAGCGGCAGGAGGAAGCCAAAACCAUGAGGGCAUUAGGUGUGAGACUGGUGCGAGGACUGGAUGGAGGUGAGCGAUGGUUUGGCUGCUCCAAGGAGACUCCACGCUGCUUUGGGACUGUAGUUGGCGAGACCCCAGAGUAUCUUUAUGAGGGACGUUGGACACCCCCUUGCUGUCUCCGUGCUCUGAGAGCGACUGCACGCCAUGUCAUAAAGGUACUGGAAGCAAAUGGAGUACGCUACUGGCUAGAGGGAGGUAGCCUGCUUGGGGCAGCUCGCAAUGCUGAUAUCAUACCAUGGGACUAUGAUGUAGAUUUGGGAAUAUACCUGGAGGAUGUUACACUGUGUGCAGAGCUGCGGGGGGCCCAGGGAGGUUCCCUGGUAGAUGCAGAUGGAUACGUGUGGGAACGAGCUGUAGAAGGAGAUUUCUUUAGGGUGCAGUACAGCCAAACCAAUCAUCUACACGUAGACCUGUGGCCUUUCUACCCACGAGAUGGUGUAAUGACACGGGACUCCUGGACUGGACAUCCCCAGGAUGUUGAGUUCCCAGAGCGCUUUCUGCAGCCAUUGCAAACUGUGAAUUUUGCUGGAGGAACUGCGCAGGUCCCAAACAAUUACCAUCAGCUACUGCGUCUGAAAUUUGGGGAAAAAGCCAUAGAGGAACCAGAGUAUCCUAAUCCUGCCCUACUCCGGCUAAGGGGCAGGUAA